GCAAAUAUGUAUUAUAAAUUAGACGCAGCCAUGUAUAAAAUACAAUGAAAUAUAGCCCCUAAUGUUAUACUAACGAGGAUUUUAUUGUGUAACGCGUAUUAUUUUAAUAACACCAGUAUGCAAAUAGAGUCCAUAAUGAAGCGGCCGUAACUCGUAAGCUACCGGCGACCGGCAGUACGUAAUUGACUAUCACGCCGCGAGCACGCAAGGACUCGCGGACGACACUCGUUAUUAGGUCUCAUGGCCGUUUGCCACCGUCUUCCGUACGGUAUCUGUAGAGUAAACAAAGGAUGCCUCGUUGACUCGGUGAGUCAAGUGUGUAAACAAGGGUGAACAUUCGCGCCUGUAACUGGUUGAAUUGUGUUUUUGUGAAUGGAAAUGGUGUAAUGAGGGUUUAUAUUAGCGUUUCGAGGGGUCAAAUUGGAUUGGGAUUGUUGUUGUUACAGUGCGAUGAUGAAGCGCUCUUGAAUGUCCGUGAUACUCGCCGCCUGAUAUGAACUCUGACGUGCACCGUCAUCAGGCGCAUCCGCCGCUGGCUCAGAUACGUUGUGAUUUCAAACCGGAUGCAACGGAAAAACGACAGCAUGUGGUGCACGGAGGUGGUCAGGCCGUAGGUCCGUGCGGCUGGUACUCCGCGUCAGCCACGCCUGCUCCCACAGCACCAGCCAGGCUCAAGAGGGCUCAGCCUCCACAACACCUGCCGUCCGGAGGUGGAGUCACAGGCAGUAAUGGGCCCCACGCUCCGUUGUCGCCCACUGCCUUACAAAAUUCCGCUCAACAUAAUAAUGUGAUGACGUCAUCGGUGCGAGCGCCCAUUCCCCCCGCGCCGCCGGGUCCCGCCCCCACUGUCAUGCACACGUCACAAACUGCCGCAAUACCCAAGGGAGGAAGUGAUGUUCUCGUGAACACGUCCAAUCAGAAUCCACCCCCGGCUGCCAACAGGUUGCUCAACAUGACGCAGUACCCAUGGCACCACGGCGCGAUAUCCCGCGAGCGCGCAGAGGCGUUGCUGUCGGGAUCACCAGACGGUGUGUUCCUGGUCCGGGAGAGCACCAACUUCCCGGGGGACCACACGCUGUGUGUGCGCUUCAGGGGACGAGUCGAGCACUACAGAGUCAAAUGGGCAACAGUACCGGAGAGUCAGAAUCAACGGCUUACCAUCGACGAUGAGGAGUUCUUCGAUAACAUGACGGAUCUCAUACACCACUACUUGAAGGACGCGGAUGGACUGUGCACAAAGCUGGUCCGAUGUCUUCCCAAGGCAUCACCCAACGGUGCCAACAACAACAAUGUCCUACAGCCACCAUAUUCACCCUUACCUGCUCAACCUCCGCCAUACCCGCCCACGCCCAGUGUGUCGAGCGCGCUCAGUUCGGGCCACUUCCAGCACACGUACAACACACAGACACCCGACCAGACGGACAGCGCGCCCCACCACCAGAAGUUUGUCGACGCACGCUGGUUAAUACCCGAACGCGAUCUGGAAAUCCGCGAGAACAUAGGCAAGGGUGAGUUCGGUGAUGUAAUGUUGGGCAUUCUCAACGGAACACAGAAAGUCGCGGUCAAGAUACUCAAGGACAACCAGGCGGCUAACAAGUUUAAGGCGGAGGCGAGCGUUAUGGCAUCACUGAAGCACGAGAACCUGGUGCGGCUACUGGGCUGCGUGGUGUUCAGCUCCAAUGGUCGCACGUGCAUCGUGACGGAGCACUGCGCGCAGGGCUCGCUGUUGGACUACCUGCGGAGCCGGGGCCGCCACUACGUCACGAGGAUGGACCAGAUCAACUUCGCCUACGACGCGUGCUGCGGCAUGGAGUACCUGGAGCGCCAGCGCGUGGUGCACCGCGACCUGGCGGCCCGCAACGUGCUGAUCUGCGCCGAGGGCCGCGCCAAGGUGGCCGACUUCGGCCUGGCGCGGAGCGACGCGGCGCCCGACGACCCCGCCGACGCGCUGCGCGUGCAGGCCAAGCUGCCCAUCAAGUGGACCGCGCCCGAGGCGCUCAAGUACAACAAAUUCUCAAACAAAUCCGACAUGUGGAGUUUUGGUAUUCUAUUGUGGGAAAUCUAUUCUUUUGGAAGGGUGCCAUAUCCUAGAAUUCCGCUGGCGGAGGUGGUGCGGCACGUGGAGCGCGGGUACCGCAUGGAGGCGCCCGAGGGCUGCCCCAGCGGGCCCUACGAGGUCAUGCGAGCGGCGUGGCACGCCGACCCCGCGCAGCGACCCACCUUCGCCACCACGCGGGGGCGGUUGGCUGCCAUCCGGGACGCUGCCCAGUGAGAGUAUGUUCAACUGCAGCACGUGGUUUAACGUUAACCAAUACGAAAUGUACAAUAUUACGAGGGCGCUGUGAAGACAGUAACUGUAUUUUAUAUAACUACUAAUUAUUACAGAUACUUUACUAUGUAAGUACUAAAUUAUUUUGGUAAUAUUUAAAUUCGCCCUCGGCAGUGGCCCUGUUGUAGGUUAGGUCAAGGUGUUCUGUGUCAUAGGAAAUUAAAUUUUAUUGGACUUAUUAUUGUUAUGCAGGGCUCUAGUACGGAAACGUUAAUAAAUAUUAAGGUGCAUACAGUCUGGUGUAACGUAACAUGUCUGUUUGCUCCAUUCUGCCGCGAACACGUGUGAUAUUUUUUCUAUAUGUAUUUCGCGACGAAUUUAUGAAGAGAGAAGACUAACAAUUUUUUUGUUGAAUUUUACUUUCGUCAUUGGCAUCAACUUUGCGAUUUCCGACCACGCAUCUUGCUUAAGAUUUUUUUAAUUAGUUUCAUUUUGCGGAAUCUACUAAAUUUCGCGAAUCUGUACGCAUCAAUUCCUCACUCAUCUAUCACUCCAAGCAGUGUCCUCUCGUCUCUCCAUGUUCGUUGCGCACACGUGUUGAUUUCCGAAACGACCGUGCACAUUGCGCGUCUCUUUGUGUUCGUUUGAAAACGGCCGAGUCGGGUCGCACAAAAUGCACAUAUUGCGCGCACAAAACAUCCAAACUAUGAGAAAUUGUUUAAAAUGUGUUACUUUUCAUCAUACAUUGCGAUGUAUGUACGGCGAAUUCUUGCAUGAUCCAUUUCAUGUUACGUUUUACCAAUCUGUACGCAGCUUGAGUGAUCACAGUUAUCGAUGCAAUUAGUUAACGCAUCAUAAAUAUUUUUAAAUAUUGAAUUUGUAAUGUCAAUGCCAAUUGGCUCAAAUAGGUCAGAAGUGUUUUGAAUUAUACCAUACUGUUAUAAGUACAUUAGUAUCACAUACUUUGUAUUAAAAUACUUUAUAAAAGGGUUAAUGCACGUUAUAACAUUACUUAUAACUAAUAUGAACAGUUUUCUGCCUGAUGUUUCGGGCGCUUUACAGCAUACAUAUUCACAGAAGUCUUCGGUAAUUAUAUGCGUUUAACUCCUCUCCAAAGUAUUUUAAUAAUUGUGUCACUCAUAACAAUGUAAUAUUCAUUCAAAUAACAUCACCCUAACCACUUGGAGAAACACAUCGCUAACUAAAGCCAAAACGUAUAACGGCAGCCAGCGCGAGUUUCGACAGCAUAAUAUAUAGUUUAAACGUAAGUCAUAUUCUAAAAUAAUCUUUAUUGAACCAGGCUUUUUAAAACCUUUGAGUUGUCUUUUUAUAUUGAUAACCCAUAGGGGUUCGGAAAUAGUAGAAUGAGCGGGAGCCAUACAAGGAACCCGAAGAAAUAAGGACUUUAUUCUAAUUUAAGAGCUAUUGUCGGUGCAGCAUCUAUGAAAUAACUUAUUUUUAAUGCUUUCAUUUAUGGGGAAAAAUAGUGCAACAGCCUUUUGCUUUCUGCACGGCAGUUCUAAAGCUGGUGCACUACAUCCAGAUCGAAACUAAUCUUAGACCUCCUGCCAAAACUGGUAUAUAGGUAUUUCACUAGUAAGUGAUGGGCAGAAUGUGGUUUGAACCGAAUACGAACUUCGGCCGAGCAUUCGGUAAAAAUCAAAAAUUCGGCUGAAGUUCUGUUGGUUUUCGACGCAUCUUCUCAGGAGUGACAGGUUGCGUCUUGUUUAUUCAUCGCGGUCGGCUACGCCCUACCGAACCGUUCGGCCGAAUGCCGAUGUUCUGUUAAAUUGAAUGUAAAACUAAUUUCGGCCUAUCCCUAGUAGGUACGUCUGCCGAACAGUAUCUCGUUGAUUCUUAUUUAAUGAUGACAUUAAUGCGAUGUUAGAAACGUAAAAUAUAUAAUUUUGUGUUGGUUUCCUUGGUUUUGGGUGAUGAUAUGUAUACCAUCGUAUGACCUGAUGGUGAACAAAACAUUUUUGGCGUGUACCAGAUAUUUUAAAAAUUGAAAGAACCUAAUAAGUGCAAAUUAUUUUGUUAACUAACCAUCGCUAUAGUUAUAUUCCCUAAGAAAAUUCAUAUUAUAAAAUACUAGAUGUAAGACAAAGUGCACGAAAAAGCCCGUUAUUUUUGAAGGCCUAAUUUAUUCUAUAUUCUUAUAAACUCGCACAUGACUACCGUACAGCUGUUAUAUGGUACUGUCUAGUCAAACUAUUUGUAGUGUUGUUUGUAUAUUAUAUUUCCGUUUUAUAAUGUCGUUAAUUAUGGUGAACGAACAACUAUGAACUACAUUGCACAUUAAUAUUACAUUGUAUAGUUAUCAGUGGAUAUGCUUAGAUUUAGUCGGAAUUAGUUUUAACUGGUUGAGACUAUUCUGUACUGGAUAUUAUUGUUAGAACUAGAACUAACCGGUAUAAUCCGGUGAUGAUGCUGAUGAUAAAUUUGACCUAAUUCAUGUGUAAUAAAUUCUAACGUGAGGAAAUUCUAGUUAUAUAGAUCCAGUAUAAACUAUUCAUAUUUUAAACGCGGUUUAAUCAACAACCAGUUUGGCUGUUUCUUAUAUUAUAUUGAAAAUGAUUAGUUUAUUAAAAAAAACCCGCUGCCCACGGUGCGAUAAAACAUUAAUGCGGCACGGACGUCAAUUAUUGAAAACUGCUUGUCAAGUCCUAGAUGAAUUUGAAAUAGUGUGCGCUGAGACUUCGUAGUUUAUUAAUAACUGCGAAAUAAUUGAAUUAAUCUCCGUGGAUUGGUGUGUGAAACUAAACUUAAAUCCCCAAAUGCUAACCCAAUUCCACUCAACGAUUCCGUAAAAAAGCAUCGAUGAGCAGCGAGUGCAUUACUGUUAUUCCAAACAAAGCAUGAAGAAGUUGACAAGUUUAAAUUACCUAACCUUUGGUAACCAUAACCUUAUCGUGAUAAAUACAAUAAUUUACUAUCAUUAUUUUGUUAUCUGAGCAUUCUUAACAAAUUAAAUUACAUUAUUAACUUGAAACAAUAAAAUAACAUUGUAUAUAGAUAUUAAAAUAUAUUGUCAAAAUUGCUGAAAAGAAUGCAGUUUCGAGUUGUCGGAUCCAUGCUUUGUUCGGAAUUACCAUCUGAAUUGUAUUGUAUUUUCAAUGAUUGCAUGACGCCUUAAGGCGACAUGUACAUUCCUCUAGAAUAUGUAUUAGACAAAUCUGGAAAUCCAUGGUAUUAAAUGUACAACUACUUAGCAACAAUUCGCGAACUGAUAAUACAAAUAAUAAUAGGUUGGGGUUCACUUUAAACGUCCUCUUUUAUUAAAAUCUUCCGAUCGAAGUGAGAAAAGAAGAGAGAAGGAAGGGCUAUGACGUCGGUCGAGCGUAGCGCGUACCCGUGCGCUUGAUUGGACAUGUAUUAUCGCCAUAGCGCGUCAGUAGACCGUCGUACGCCAGACCUACGAUUCUCGAAAGCGCGACGUAACUGUACGCGCGUAGCAAUUUAUUAGCGCUGGACUGUACGUGUUUAUAUUAUGUUUUCAUUGUUAACAUACGCUUGACCGAUACCAGCGCUCACCGUCGGUCGAGCAGUAGAUGCAGCCUUAUACUCGCUGAUCGAUGCUCAGUUGGCCGUCAGAAACACUCGCUUUCUAUUAUGAUGCGAGUAAUGGCCCGUCGCACUUGUAUUCUCGCUAUAAGACCAGAAAAAAAAUAUCGGAACUACACUAGCUUCUAGCUGAUUGCGAGCCCAUUACUAACUACGCGCUACUCGUUUAUCACCAUCGGACAAGUGCAUAACAGUAGUGGACUAUAGAGAAGAACGAAUCGAAAAAUAAAAAUGAGAUACGUCUUUGUUUGGCCACAAUUGGCAUUUGUCACACAAUAUAGUAGUGGGUGGCGCAGACUUAAUAAAUAGGGACAACAGGACCUUUUUAGUUAUUAUAUGCACGCACUGAUAAUCAUCGAUCCCAUUUGAACACAUUUACAGUAUUUCCCGAAGCUAACCUGUAAAAUUAAAUACAAACGUGUGUUGGUUGUUAUGCAACAUGUUUAUUUUUCAAUAUCAAUAUCAAUGCAUUUUAUGCGUGGAUUGUUGCAAAGAAGUUUUAACAUUCUAUUUCUCUUGGACUUAAGUCUGAUAGUCUCAUGCAUUUCUAAAAAAAAUGUGUAGGUCGAAUGUGAUAGCUGUGUGCCCCGUGUUGUAGCUACUGUGUGCUUAGUUUGAGUAGCGAAUUGCAUGAUCCAGGUUGUGUGUUAUAUGUAAGUCUAAUUUGGAACUAAAGUGUUGUCGCCUACCAGAGAAUUUUUCGGUCAAUGACCUUACUAGAGUACGAGUGUUAUAGGCACAUUGGGUCAUUGACCGAAAUCGUUCGUGGUAUACGACUGCUAUAUAAGUAUUAUGUCCGAAAUGACAAGACUAUCUAAAUGUGAAUCUCAACAGAGAUGUGUAAAUACAUUUCAAAAUUAUAUUCAAUCUUAUAUGCUUGAGAUUGUACUAAUGAAAUUAAAUUACAAUAAUUUAUCUAAAUAUGUAAAUAUUUUACUAUUCUUAAAUAUUAUAUGUUAGACGUCUAUAAUAACAAGCAUAUAAGACAAUAUCACGUAAUUUAUUUUAAAUUUCUGUUUAAAUGCUUAUUGUUUGGAAAUGUCCGUUCAUUAUUCUUAUGCAAUAUUAGUUGUUAAGUGUUAUAUUGUUUUUUACGAAUUAUUUAUGAUUUAUCUGUGAAUUGGAUAGCAGUAUAUCCGAGCCGAAUAUGGAACUAUUAGCGGGUUGCACUUUCUAUGAUUCUAUCUACCUCGGCCGGCUCAACGUACCGAUAUUUCCUUAGUUCACAUUUUUGGUCAAUGAAAUACUUAUUUUUCGUUGGUGUUCCGAGCCAUACUUUUACUGAUAUUGCCUUAUUGAACUACCUGUUUGUAUAGCACAAAUAUUUUUUUAAUCCUUUACGAAUAUAGUAUGUAUUUUCGCAAACUCGCUAAUAGACCCAAACGACUCUUGACGAGUCAUAUUUUGCCAAAGUUAUGCAACAGCAAACAAUAGGAAGUCUUCCCGAUCUGUCACUUUCUCUCUUAAUUGUACUGACCACUCUACCGAAUGUAAUCCGAAGUUAUGUGUGAUAGGUUUUGUAAAGCGGAGAUGGACAAAAAUCUCGUUGUUUUGUUUAAUACUGUUCUAUUCAAAUGUAAAUACAUCGCGUACUAAAUAAAAUUGUAUUAUGAACUGG